UCUCGCGAAAAUCGCAAGCUUGCGAUUCACCUUAUUUAAGUUUACUUUAGUUUUAGAAUUAUUUUUCUCAUUAAAUUAACUUUUAAGUUUGUUACUUUUUGUUAAGUUCUACAUAACGAAAAAGAAACGAAAAUCGAAUUUUACGAAAAACAAAAUAUUUUUAAACGCAUCUGUGACUAGUGAUAGAGAAUUGCACUGACUGACUGAAUUUAAUUUAAAUUUACUGCAAAGUGUGAUAAAGAAGAAGGAAAAUUCUCAAGGAAAUUUCGUUUAAAAAAAGCAGAUAAGAGACUUUUGUUGUUAAAAUUAGAAAAUCGACUUUUUUUUGUGAGAAAAAAAAAAUAAAUUUUACUUCAAUUGACAUUUUUGUCGCAUUACAUUGCAUUGUUUAGUGCUGUCUCUCGAAACUGGAAGUGAUUUUUAUUGUGACAGACUUUGAAUAAUUGGAUCAGUGGAGCAAAAAAAAGUUUCCACAGUGACUGUGUGAAGAAAAAUAAAUCAAAAAAUCAUCAAAAUUUUUCGGAGAAAUUUGCGUCACUUGCACUUGUGAUCUCAUUUCUCAUAGUGAACCUAACGACGUUGAGAGAGAAAAAUUCAUUAUCAUCUGUAAGAAGAAAAAGAUCGGCUGACUUGCUUUGAGAAUUGAGAAUAAAGCUGUGUAUACACACAUCGAGGCAAUCCCAGAAUUUUAUGAUUUUUUUUUUCUUCUCUCUACAAAGUUAAUUGAGUUCAACGUCUUAGUUUGUUGUAAGCAUUCAAGACGAGCAUUGUUGUACAUAACUACACAACAUUUUUUUUUUUAAAAUAAAUCGAUUCGCGAUGAUGGAGAUGAUAACGAAUACCGACGGAGAUUCUAAUAUGGUUUCUAAGAAGCCCCCAUUGCCACCAACAAAGUCAAAAAUUCCAUUUAAAAUAGCUGCUGACAAGAUAAAGUCACAGUGUCAGUGGAAGAUCGAUGAGGAGAAUGCACAACAAAUUCAAAAGUUGGGGGCAAUGAAUGAGAAAUUAAAUCUCGAAAUUUCCGAUUUUAGGAAGCAAUUGCAUCAUGAGAGAAGCGCUGUCAGAGAAUUGAGAGCCACACAUGACAGUGAAUAUCGGAAGUUAAAAAACGAGACGAAAAAGCUACUGGAAGUGAUUGUAAAUGUUAAGAAAUCAGCAGCAAAUAAUUCAAAUAAAUACAAAACAGACAUUUGUAAGCUCGCAGAGGAAAUGACAGCAUUAAAAGAUGCCAAGAAUGUACUUGAAAAGAAAUUCAAAAACUGCAAUUGUACAUCCGCUGCUGCUAUUACUUCCAUGGUCAUAUCGAAAGGAAAUAAAACAAUUUCAAACAUAAACGAACAAACAAAAGUCGAUCAGAUUACGGCAACGGCAAAGGCAGAAAUCCAGAAACUGCUUGAAGAAUUAAAAUCAAAAGAACGAGAAGUUUCCAGCAUGAAGAAGCAAAUAAAGAAGAAUGAAUCUCAGAUGCGAGCAGCAACAACAACGACUAAUAUUAUUGGCAACACAAGUUGUGAGAUGGAGGAGAAAUCACCAGAAUCGCAGGUCACAACGUCGUGUGUUGAGUUGAAAGGUGAACGUUUUGUAACGCAUGUGGAUUUAUCGGAACCAAUGCAUCAUCAAUCAGAAGAAUCAGCAUUCAAGACAUUCAUAAAGAUGGAAAAUAACAGCAUAAAUUCAAAUACAAUAGUGCCGCACCUCGAUAUGCGAACUAUAAAGCCAUCAUCAAAUGCAACGACGAUCAUUGAGGUUAAAGAAAGUCAUUCGACAUUACAGCAACAUCAGAAGAUGCAAGGUUCACACAGUUCACUGUCAUCAACAACAUUGUGUUGUGGAGACGAUGAGAAAAAGUCCUUGGAUUUACUACAGAAGAAAUAUGAAGACAUGAUAAAGGAAUUGAAUGAUUCGCAUAAGAGGAUUGAAGAACUAGAGAAGUCACUUGAGGAGCAAUACAAUAAUAUUGUGAAUAAAGAUCGAGUACAAGAUCGAAUGAAAUAUUUAGAGGAGCGUGAGAAGCGCCUGGAGAAAGAAAGCCAUGAAUUGCGUGAACAAAAUGAAUUGCUCGAAUUUAGAAUACUGGAAUUGGAGGAGAAUCAAGAUAAAUGGUCUCUACGCAGUAAUUUAACACCAGACUCGAAAGACACUUGCAAUUGCUGGCGUGAGAAGGAAUCUGACGAUCUAAUGAUGAUGACAAUGUCAUCUGAUUCGGGCAUCACAUCACCAAACAGUCACCAUUUAGACGAUCACCAGAGCGUGUCACCAUGCUCAAUUUCGCUAAUGGAUCAAUUACCAACAGAUGAUAUGCGUGCGCACAUUAUCAAGAUGUCGAAGAGAUCAUUCUAUAAUGACGAUGAUAAACUUUGUUUCUCACAAAUGUUGAUGCUAUUGAAUAGCUUGGAGGCAUUGUCUCAUGAACAGAGUAUUAUUGGUGAUGAAUUUUCAUCUAUGGAUUAUUCAAUGGACAAGAUCAAAACAUCACCAUCAAGAAUUCCAGAACCAAUAUUGCCACUAUCAAUACAAAAUUUCAACAGCCAACCACAACAGUCUACAGCAUCGUCAUCACCACCAAAGCAUCAAAAGAUGAUCGCCACAGUACAACCAUACACAACAACACAAAAUAUGAAGGCAAUAGCCGAGCCAAAGAAAGAAACUUUUGAUGAUCAUAAUCUUGUGACCCAAGAGACUCAAACGGAAUCAGUUGAUGAUGCGUUGAAGCAGACAAAUGCUGAACUUUAUGCCGAAAUUGAGAAACUCAACCGUUUCAGAAAGAAAGUGGAAGAGUCGACAACAAGCGUCUCCAAAAACUCAGCUCAAGUGAUGUCAACGGGCUUUGAUGCCAUUGAGCGACGACACCUUAAAUUUUAUGAGGAACGAAUGAAGAUGCUUGAAGGUAAAUUGGAAGUCUAUGAGAGCUGUGGCGAUGUGCAACUUAAGAUCUUAUCGAAACGUCUCGAACGUGAGACACAGUUGGAAUCGAGACUUAAUAUUCUCGAGGAUUCGUUAAUGAAAUUGGAAGAGAAGAAUCAGGAACUUGAAGAGGAGAAUUGUGAAUUGGAAGAGAUUGAAAAUGAGACAAGACUUCGUUGGCAAAAACUUGAAGAGGAUUAUGAAGUCAUGACACAAAGAAAUUCAGAGCUUGAAAUGAGCAAGAUGACCUAUCAGGAGAAAUAUGAUGAAGCACGUGACAGUGUCGAAUACCUCGAAGAAUGCCUUCAAGGAUCUGAAGAACGAAUUAAGGCAUUGGAAACAAAUGAAAAUGAACUUAAACGACGUCUAGCCAUAUCCCAAUCCUUUAUACCAGCUGUUGCACUCUUCCAAAUGUGGAAAAUGAAAAAGAUUCAAAUACCAAUGAUGAUCAAGUCAUCCAAACCAGCUUCAUCGUCAUCUCAUAUUGAGGUACCGGACGAUCAUCCAAUCCACAAGAAAUUGCUUGAAUCACAGGCACGUGAACGACAGCUGACGCAAAACAUUAAUGACCUCAAUCGUGCAUAUCAAGAGACACUCGAGAAUGCUGACAACUUGUGGGCACAAAUGGAGAAAGAGUACAAAGAUAAAAUUGCUCAUUACGAGAAAAUGGAAGUGAAUUUGAGAUCAAAAAUUCAACAGCUGGAAAAGCGAUUAAUUAAAGAUACGGAAGAUGCUCAUGAACGCAUAGCGGCAUUAGAAGAUAAUGAAUAUCAACUCAAGAACCGUGCUGGUAAAUUAAGUCGUGAAUUGAAGGAACAACAGAAGAAAAAUUCUGAACUGUAUGAAGAAUUGAGUUUUUCAAAAGAUGAAUAUCAGAAACUUCAAGCCUAUAUUAAUGGACCGUUAGCUGAUGCACUUGAGAAAGAGAAACGUAAAUUGAGACGAGCUGAAGAAGAUCUCACGGUCGUUAGGAAUGCAUUGAAAGAAAAUGAAACUGCACAUAAAAAUGAACAAAACCUUCUCAAACGACAGUUACAGAAGAUGCACAAAGAGCUUAGAAAUUUUGAAGUGACGAAUGGUGAAUUGAAAGAGGAAGUUGAGACAUUGGAACGAAGAAUUAUCGAACUUGAAUCAUAUCGAGUCGGUGAUAAAAAUCGAAUUCAGGAACUUAUUGAUGAGUUAGAAACUAAGGCACAACAAAAUAAUUGCAAUACAAAUAAUAAGCCAUUAAGACCAUUGCGUUCUGUAAACAAUGCACAAGUGCGAUCAUUAGCACAAGAAUUGAACCAAAAACCCACAAUUAUGCCAAGACAGAAGACAGUUAUUCCCAUUGAGAGAAGUGCUUUUGCCGAUGCCAUUGAGAAGUUUGAGGUAGGUUCCUGUGAACAUUUACAGAAGGAAUAUUAUAAUCACAAUUUUGAUCAGAAGCGGGAAAUUAAAAGUCUUGCUGACUGCAUCAUCUCAAAUGCUGAAAAUAACGGCUUUGUACCUGUAAAGAGAUCUUUUGUUGAGGAGGCACGUCAAAAGUUCGCAAAAUGGGUGUGAAAGACGAGACUGGUAAUAGCAAAAAAUAAACUCAAAUUCGCAUAGCUAUUAGCACAUUUAAUAAUGAGACGGAAUGACAAGCUUAUUCAUCAAACCAAACAGUGAGAAAUAAAAUCAACAAUGAGAUAGAAAAUUGCCGAUGCUUCCGAUUUUUAAUAUUCUUUUCUACAAUUUUUUAUUGACAAUUUGACACCAUCGAUGAAGUUGGCACGAAUGGCUUUUUUUUUCGAUGUAGAAAGAAAAGAGAAGAGGAACGUAAAUUAAGAAAAUAAUAAAAUGGCAUUUAUAAUGAGACAAUAAGUGAGCCGAAUAUGUCUGAAUUAAGUAAUUUGGAAGAUUUAUGAUGUGUAGGAGACACACACAUGGCUUUGUGACAAAACGACGAAUAUUUUUGUAUAAAAUAAUUUUAAUGGUGAUGAAAAAUAGAAAAAAAAUCAAAAUUUUAAGGCACAACUUGUGUGUCUGUCAAUAAUAUCCUUUAUUAGAAAUUUCCGUAAAUAUAGUUUGAUCCCUUUUUGUGGCAAUCUAGUCCUGAUUAUAGUUGUUAUAGUAAUUACAAAAAAUUUUAUUCAAAUACUAAUAAAAUUAGCCUAGUGAUAAGCUGUAAGAUCUGCAUCGAAAGUUUCUCGAAACCCAAUAGCUAAGCCACUUGCAUUUAUGAACAUUGACAUGGGUGUUUUGGUGGAUAAAUUGGGAUAAACUUUUAAGCUUUAGAAUUUAAAUCGAAUUUUUGAUAAUUCUUAGAUUUACAGCAAUCUAAUCACUAGGAUUCGAAAAAUAAUUUUAUAUUCAAUAAGAGAAAAAUUCAUGUUCAAAAAAUUAAAGAUUUUAAUGAAAAAAAUAAAAAUUAGAAAAAAACUUGAAAAAACUUCAAACGAACUUUUAAAAUUCAAAUUAAGAGCUUUGCGAGAAGAGAAAACGAGAGCUUUUUUACAAGAAUUGUAAAUUUUUAAAAGUUGUGAAGAAAAAAGUUUUGUAAAAAAUAUUUUAAAAUUGUGUAGAAAAUUUUACUAACAGAAAAAAAAGUUGUAAUAAAUAAAAGAGAUGUUGAGAGAAAAAGCACA